AUGGAUAACUCCAGCUUAUUUAUCCACUCCACGUCCAACAUCACCAAUCUUUCCGCAGGCGAUACAUCUCGUGUCCUGAUUACCGAUAGACCAAAUAUCACCAAUCUCGCCGCAGGCAAUUGGUCAAGGGUCGUCAUUUGUGCCGCAGCAAACAUCACGUCCAUCUCAGUUAAUACCCAUUCUUGGGUGUACAUUGAAAUAAACGCCAAUAUCAAAAUUGAUUCCUGCGCCGUGAAUGUUCAGGGCCAAGCUGCCAUUGCAUCAGUAUCUAGCCAUGAUCACGCGCGUCUAACGGUUGGAUCCGAGGCUAAAAUAGAGAAGAUAAGUGUGGUCAAUGCCAGCAGCCUGUACACAAAGGAUCAAUGUGCUAUCUCGCGAAUAAUGACCUCUGAUCACGCAAACGUGAAGAUCGGGGCCCAUACCAAGAUUGGAAAAAUGCUCAUGGACCGUUAUAGCCGAGUGCACGCGAAGGGCCGAUGUGCCAUCUCAAAGACAAUGAUCUCCGAUAGCGCACAUAUUAAGAUUGGAGCCGAUACCAAGAUCGAGGAGAUGCGCAUAGACUGUUACAGUCAAGUGCACGCGAAGGGCCAGGCUACAAUAAUGAAGAUACUUGGAAGCGGACACUCAACCUUAUAUCUUCAGGCCGGGGCCAAGAUCGGCGACAUUGAAACUCGGGAGCACAGCAUACCCCUGGAGGUUGUAGCAAGAGAUGAUGCUCGCCUACUAUUUUGCGAAGAAGACGGCAGGUGGUCCGAGGGCAACUUCUGGACCUGGGAUCACGCGAAAUUGACGAUUCAAAAGUUCAACCCGGCUUCAACUUCAGAGAUAAUCAACAGCCUUAAGGAGGCGCUUGGUUUGGACGAAGAGCAAUUAAACAUACCAGAGGAGGUAGCGCAAGAAUCUGAAGACGAAAUCAGUGAUAACGAGCUGGAUGACCUCGGUGACGACGAGUCUAGCGACGAGGACUGGAGCUGGGCUGCAGAUAUCGGUAAUGUCGACAUCAAAUAG